UUUGUAAUUAAUAUGUUGUGAUUGACACGUAGUGUAACAAAAUGGGGUGUUACUGUGUUUUUGUGAUUAUAUUUUGUGUUUUUAUUUUAAGUGCUGAUUGUAAAAAUCUUUUUGGACCUAGAGGAGAUGGACCUUCUGACAAUUUUAGUCGUCACGAGAAACCUACUAUUAAAGAGAAACCUCGGCGAAAUGUCGUCACAAUACCAACUUAUGGAAUAUACUUGAUCGGAUUCACAAUGCUCAUAAUGCUUCUAGCUAUAAUUGGAUUAUCAGUGGCAUUGUACUUACUCCGCAAUAACAAACAAUUAUUUGGACCAAAUGUCAACAGCAAACAGUACGUAAGACAAGAGUCUACAGGAGUUGUACCACUAUACAAUAGCAAUUAUGAUGAAAAUAACAAAAACAAUGGGAGCACACUAACUGUCAACAGUGGUGUCAUAGAAAUAAGUGAGUCUAGAAUAAGUGAACCAGACACUCCCGUACGUAUAGAAGAGGCCAAAAUAACGUUCACGAAGAAGCCUAUUAAUCCUAUAGUCCCGGUAAUGCCUCGUGGACAAAUGGACGCAAUUUGUAAAGAAGUUUUGAAACGAGUGCAGAAAACUGAUUCCGCUAGUUUCAGGGAUUUGAACGAACUUUUGAAUAUAAAGAAUGAAGAAAAGUCUGAGGACAAAUGUGAUGUAGUGGAGGAAUCUCCAAAAGAACUCAAAGAAGAAGAGAAUAUUGAAUCAAAAAUUAAAGCAUUCGAUAAAAUCGAAGUUCAAAAAUCCAAACUAGAAAUGGAGGUCGCAACAAAACCAGAACCCGAAAAAGAGUCUAAAAUUGAAAUUGAAAAAGAUGUUAAGGAGGAGAAAGAAAGUAAACCAACCAAUGAAAUUGAAAAUAAAUUGCAACUCGAAGAAAAAAAUGAAGGGCCAAUUGAAAUAACUAAAGUAGAAAUUGAUAAAUCAGCAGAAGUCAGCGACUCGGAGACUGAAUAUGACACAGUUCCUAGUCCUAUUCCGUACAGACAUUCUGGUCCUGAUGUUGAAAUCGAUGAUGGUUUCCAAUUAUAUGAUCUUCCACCUAGAAGGAGUCAUGAGGGAGUUCUUAAAAAUCUAAUUCAAAUGGACCAAGAUAGUCAGUAUCUUUUAGCAAUUUCAACUGAAGGAUUAGAUGCCUGUUAUGUCAACGCCAAAACACCAAAAUUAAAUUAGUGAGAUUGUUAUUACUACUAGGAAGGACACAUUAUACUCUCUUAGUAUUUAUCAAUACUAAUAUAUAACGGCUCUGCAAAUAAUUUAUUAGUCAAGAUAAAAAUUGGACCCUAAAUGUGAUGUUGAUUCAAAAAAAUCUUUGGAAUGUUAGUUCUGCAAAUAUCAACUAAAAGUAUUUUUUCAAAAAGGCCUAUAAAGGCUUUUCACAUACAUACUUUGAUAUAUUUCAUAAAAAAAUAUAUUAUACGUCUUUAAUAUAGGUUUUCAUGAAUUUUGUUAAAGUGCAGACAGUGGCAAUAGUGUCCGGGAAUUCCGUAUAGUAUAUUUUGGUUUAAUGACUUUAUUAUUGUGGUUUUCAUUAUGAACCGGCUUAAAUAGCUCAUUAUGACAACUUUUUAUUCACGUAUUAUCUGUAAAUAUUAGAAUUAUUUAGAUUAAGAACUAAUGGUAUAUUUUAUGGUGCGCUUUUAAUACAGAUGUAAAUAAAUUAUUUUUAAAUGAUAGGUAAAUUAAUACUAAUUCACUUAAACUAAGAUUUAUAAGCUGGAAAAAGAUAUUACAUAACUAUGUAGUCUCAUGUUUACCUACAAUAUUUUUUAAAUAAAUGAUUGUAAAGUGACAAGUAAGUACAAAAUAUUUAUUGAAAACUAGAAAGAUAUUAGUACGACUAAUCCUUUUAUAAAUAUAUCCAUCAUGUAAUUGUAAUAUAAUAGGUAUGUUGUAUGUAAAUCAGGAUAAAUACAAUUUAAAUAAUAAAUUGUCCGUAUGACA